AUGAAGGCUCAACUAGUCCUAGUCGCUCUGACGCUCCAGGGCGUGACGGCGUUGGAGCUCGUAGGCUCGCGCAAGCACAACACCACGCGCAGGUUUAGGAACAACGAACAGAGGCAGGCCUACAUUGACGAACAAAACGCCAAGCCAAUCGUAGGAAGAAACGGCACUCCCAUCAUUCUUUGCAAAAUGAAGAUUGCUGCAACACUGACUUGUGUCGGAGCUGCGGCGCACGCCACCGUCAUUGCCCCCAGAGACGCACAUCCCAUUCCCGUUCCCCCUUCCAAGCCCGGCGAUGCCGUCGUCGUACCCAAAAACUUCGUGGGCUUCGGCAUCGAGUCCGCUUUCCUCAACAACUUCGACAAUGACUUUUCUGAGAAUCUCGUUAGCGCCCUCGCCGCACGGAUGAGCGCCCCGCCUGUGAUGCGCAUCGGCGGCACGAGCGGCGACUACUUCCUCUUCGACGCGCACCAGAAGGAGGACAAGGUGUGUUUCAAAGGCAAGUGCGACAGCCACGAUGCCAGCUACCUCCUGGGGCCGAGCUUCUUCGACGGCUACAAGCGCUUCAAGGAUGCAAAGUUCAUCGUGCAGGCACCACUCGGCAAUCCCAUCAAUGUCACCAACACCCUGGCGUUUGUGACGCGUGCGUGGGAGAAUCUGGAUGCCGGGAAGCGGGUGCAAGCCAUCGCACUUGGAAAUGAGGUCGAAUUCAUCUACAAAGCCGGCGCCAAGGCCUACGUCGAUGCUGCCUUGAGCUUGCAGGAGAGCAUUGUGAAGAAAUUGGGUUUGCAAGGUGACGCGGCGAAGAUCUUCGAGGCUGGGAACACAGCCAGUGGAACCGUCACUGGCAACAAACUAUACCAAGUAAAGGAGAUUCUCAACGCCAAUAUCAACAAGAAUGGCCGAAUCUCGACAACAGCAGAGCAUUGGUACCAAAUCUCGGGGGUGCAUCCCUGGACGGACCACACCAUGCAAAGCCAAAUGAUCAAUCACACUGCCAUCACGAAGCGCUUCGGCCCAUACACCCCCAGCAUCAAAGCCACCCACGAUCGCAAGCUGGACUACGCCAUCACCGAAGACUCGGCUGUUCUCGGCGGUGCUGAAAUCCAUUUCUCGGACGGCUUCGGCUACACGCUCUGGGCCGUCGACUUCAACCUCGCGGCCAUGGCGCGGGGCGUGGCCCGUGUGACGAACCUGGCCGGGCGCCCAAACGCCAAACGUGUCUUUUGGACACCAGACAACACCGGCGGCAAGCCGAGCCCCGGCCCCCAAGUCCGGGCACCGUUUCCCGCAGCCAUGUUCGUAGCCGACUUUGUCGGCAAGGGGGAACCCUCCGCGGUGAAGGAGAUCAAGACAGGGGGCGACCUGACGAGCGCGUACGCCAUGUACGACAACAAGUCGGGCAAGCUUCAGCGCGUCGCGCUCGUCAACAUGAGGCUGUACAACGGGACGGCGAGUGCGAAAAGGGAGCGCAUGACUUUCCAGGUCAAUGUCGGCACCGGCGUCAAGGAAGUCAAGGUGAGGCGGCUGCGCGCCGACAAGGGCGUCGCGGCCAUGGGGUACGACUUUGGCGGGCCGACCAGCAACGUCUCGUGGGCUGGUGAGCAGUGGAGCCACGGCGUGGACUUUGGUAAGGGACACUUUCGCAGCGGCAAGGUUGAAGAGAAGGUGGUCAAGGUCAAGAAUGGUGUUGCCUCUGUAGUCGUCCCGGAUAGCGAGGCCGUCAUGUUGCUGGUUUAG